AGCGUUUGCGCGAUGAAUCUCGAGCUCUUGGGACCUGCAGCCCCGCAACACCAAAGUAGCUCUUCUCACGCUAACUAUGACGUUGCGUUUAUUUGUUAUGCUGAACUACGUACACGACAGAUCUGACGUCGAUAUCUUUAAGAACUCUGUUCCCAAGCUGAUGGAUCAUAGCAGCUUCAGUAUUCUAAGCAAUUCAACAGUGAUGCCUUCAGUAAACUCAGCAGUAUUUCACGCGUAUGCAUACGGCACAGCUUUCUGGUAUGGCCUCCGAGGAGCCUGUCGUGUUUACGACCCAUUGAUGGUUGUCGGCUGGUUCCGGCCUCCUUCGCAAGUCAUGCUCGAAGCAAAUGACCUCGAACUCUACAACGUUCGCAACGAUGGCUGGUGUCUCAUCACCCUUGCCCUAAUCCUCAUCUCCUUUACCAACGCCGUACCCCUGUCUCCUGCCCCGAAAGCGAUCCACAGCGCCGACGCACCAAAGGCACUUAAGUCGAACAGGAGCAACGGAGCUCUGCCUUACGCAAAGGCCGCCGUUGCUGCGACCGUGUUUCACCACAUCACCACCGGCAUUGGUGCUUACCAGCAUUAUAAGCUCGAUAGCCAUUACAACACAAGCAUGGGUAUCGGUGUUUGGGGCAAUGUUUGGUUGACAUUGACUGGAUUGUUCACGCUUGCCUACCUGCAGAGUGGGCUGGGAGAUGAGGAUAUUGAGAAGGUUGUGAAGAAGGUCAAAUAAGCCUGAUGCUGUCUAAGGUUACUUUUUCGACGAUCUGAGUAAUCAAGCUAUUCACGAUCGAGACAAUUAUCCUCAUUGUGGCCGACAUCAUGCAUGCAAACUCC